GCAUCACAUAGGCAAACCGUGGAGCAGCGUAGUCGUCCUCAAACUGCGCUGCACGUCCUCUCAGUUCAAUCUCGUAUUUCCCUUCCAAAUGUAAUGCUCCACAAUGGACGAAUACAGGGCCGAGGCCUUUUCCAACAGGGACGAGCCCAUUCCCGUCGUUGCGGGCGGGAACGGUGCCAGAGCAUCAGACAAGAAUACAAGCUCUCAAGAUGCUCCUGCUACAGCCACGACGGGAGCUGACGAUCGGGCCUUGGAUGAAGAUACAGCAUCAUCUACACCCUCGAACAAGAAGAGUAAAACUCGAAACAGUCUGCAGGACAGACUAUUCUCCAUGUUAAUGAAGCAAAUAAUACCCUCGGACGAGAUCCAGGAUGAUAUAUUCGAGACUCCGGGGCGCAAGACGCCCUCGUCUUCCUCUUCAUAUGAAAACCGACCGGGCUUCAGCCUACCGCUCAUGACGAGUAAUUUCAGGCGCUUCAACGCUCGAAUCGGUGUCGUCUUCGUCUUUCAAAACCGAGUCAUUCAGCUUCUCUCCUGGAAAACACCAACGCAUACCUUAUCCUUCCUCUUCGUGUACACAUUUUUCUGCUUGGAGCCAACACUCCUCGCCACAUUGCCCAUCGUGGUCGUCCUCUUCUUCAUCAUGGUCCCCGCAUUCAUCGUUCGACACCCGCCUCCACCGAUCCGUCUACCCACUGACGCUGCAUAUUCCAUGGACGGCCCUCCAUUAGCACCCCCGCAGCAGGUCAAACCCGCAAGCGAGAUGAGCCGUGACUUUUUCCGCAAUAUGCGCGACCUACAGAACUGCAUGGAAGACUUCUCUCAGGUUCACGACAAGACAAUUGCCCUCGUAGCGCCCCGAACCAACUUUUCCAACGAACCACUCUCUUCUGCGCUCUUUCUUGGUCUCUUUGCAACGGCCUCCCUACUCUUCAUUACCUCCCAUCUUGUUCCCUGGCGAACAAUUUUCCUCGUAGCCGGCUGGGUAGGGACCUGUCUCGGUCAUCCGUCUGUGCAAGACGCCAUCGAAUCCCUGCGCAAGGAAGACCACGUCGUGUCACGCGAGAAACAGAUUCAGGGAUGGCUCGACCAAUGGAUUACCCGGGACAUUGUUCUCGACUCUGCCCCCGAGACGCGCGAGGUUGAGAUUUUUGAACUCCAGCGUCGGGACGCCAGCGGGGCCAGCGACGAGUGGGAAGGCUGGGUAUUCAGUCCUUCGCCGUACGACCCGCUCUCGCCGACGCGCAUUUCGGGCGAUCGUCCACGCGGGGCACGAUUCUUUGUCGACGUCGAGCCCCCGCAUGGCUGGGAAUGGAGCGACAAGAAGUGGGCUCUGGAUCUGCUGAGCCGCGAGUGGGUCGAAGAGAGAAUGAUUACGGGCGUGGAGAUUGAAACGGAGGGUGAGCGAUGGGUAUACGAUCUCGAUGAGCCAACGAGUACGAGUGCGAGCUGGGCCUCCUCUGCCUCACCUUCCUCUCAUUCUUCAUCUCCUUCCUCCAAUAACAACAACAACAACAAUAACGGGUCGUCAAAAAAGAAGAACCAGAAGAAAAACGAUCGUCAAGAUGAUACCAAUCAUUCCUUGUCAUCGUCCGCAUCAACCUCUUCAUACCUGACCGGUGGGCCCCUUCCGAGCGGAACCACCAGCGUUAACGCAAGCACGACUAGCUUAAGCCCGAGCAUUAUCAAAAAUACCAACCCGAGCAGUCACAACGCCAGCACUACCAGUGUCAAUACAACGGCAACCUCAGCAAGCGCUGCUCCCUCGUCAAACAGCACGAAUGGUAAACAUUCAAUCUCGUCCAAAGUGUCUAACGAGAAAGAAAAACUCGCUGCGAAAAAAGAACAGGCCAAAGAGGACAAGAAGAGCAAAAAACAGCAAAAGGGUUCCAAAGGGAAUGGAUCUGAUGCAGUUGAUUUUGGUCGUGGGGGCAGCGGUAACAGCAACAAUGGUAGCGGUGCAGCUGCAACUGCAGCAACAGAGAACAACCGAGGAGGCACUUCUGUACCAUCAUCAUUAUCCUCAUCAUCGACAACAGCGACCAUGAAUAACCCACAUAAGCGGGGAGAAUGGCGACGGCGGCGCUGGAUUAGGCUGGUCAAGCGCAAGCCUGUGCAUCAUCAGCGUCGAGUUAGUGUAAAUGAAUCAUGAAAUUUCUUUUUUCCUUUUACCUCAUUUUCCAAUUCUGGUAGCGUAGCUUUUACGAUG